GGCACUCUGAGAGCAGCGUUCAUUCAGCACUGCCUGAGUAAGAAGAUUACUUUUGCACUGCUCGUCUAGAUACUCUUUCUCUCUUUACACAUGCAAAGGAUGCUAAAGCGACAGCUGCUCCACUCGAGAAUGAUUUUAUUACUCUUAUGGCUCUGUUAUUUGAUUGAAGAUCAAAAAGUGCAAGCUGGUAACUGCUGGCUCCAACAAGGCAAGAAUGGGAGAUGUCAGGUCCUCUACAUGCCUGGGAUGAGUCGAGAGGAAUGCUGCCGGAGUGGGAGGCUCGGCACAUCUUGGACUGAGGAAGAUGUGCCAAACAGCACAUUAUUCAGGUGGAUGAUCUUCAAUGGUGGGGCUCCAAACUGCAUACCUUGUAAAGAGACAUGUGAUAAUGUGGACUGUGGCCCUGGGAAGAAAUGUAAAAUGAACAGGAGGAGUAAGCCUCGCUGCGUCUGCGCCCCAGACUGCUCUAACAUCACCUGGAAGGGGUCGGUGUGCGGCUCAGAUGGGAAAACAUACAGAGAUGAAUGUGCCCUUUUGAAAUCCAAAUGCAAAGGGCACCCGGAUCUGGAGGUGCAGUAUCAAGGCAAAUGCAAAAAGACGUGCCAUGAUGUCAUGUGUCCGGGAAGUUCGACUUGCGUGGUGGACCAGACAAACAAUGCAUACUGUGUGACGUGCAACCGCAUAUGUCCAGAGGUCACGUCUCCGGAUCACUAUCUUUGUGGCAAUGAUGGGAUUGUUUACGCCAGUGCGUGCCAUUUAAGGAGAGCCACGUGCUUGCUUGGUAGAUCCAUUGGUGUGGCAUAUGAAGGCAAAUGCAUCAAGGCCAAGUCAUGCAAUGAUAUCCAUUGCAGCGUGGGGAAGAAGUGUCUAUGGGAUUCUAAGAUGGGUCGUGGGCGCUGUGCAGUUUGCAUGGAGUCGUGCCCAGAAAGUCGCUCGGAGGAGGCCGUGUGCGCCAGCGACAACACCACAUAUCCCAGCGAGUGCGCCAUGAAGCAGGCCGCUUGCUCUUUGGGGGUUCUCCUGGAGGUUAAGCAUUCAGGAUCUUGCAACUCUACCGUGUAUUCUCCCAUAUAGCCAUUACUGAAGACCAGGAGGAUGAUGACGAUGAGGAAGACCAGGACUACAUGGCUUAUAUCCAAUUAUCACCUGUACUGGAUGGAUAAAGCACCAUCAACCAGUGGAACAGUCCUAGGGCAAGGAAUCAUGUCCACACUGUACAUGUGUAUGCUAAUUUAUUUUUCAGAGAAAAAAGAAAGAAGUAUACAUGUAGUUCAGUCUGCUUGAUGUUUAUUUAUACAGUGUUCUGUUUUAUAAUUUAUACAUUUACAGUGUCUGGCAUACUUGUCUAUCAUGUUAUUUUGUUUUCACUUAUGUUGUCUUUCCCUUCCUUUUUUUUUAUUAUGACCGAGAAAUAUAUUUGUCCAAAGAGAAGCAGUGUUAUUUAUUGUGUGGUAAAAUGCUAACAUGUAAAGUGUGUCUUCUGCAAGCUGUAAAUUGCAUUCCCUGAGCUGUAUAAAUGCUUAUCAAUGUCAAUUCUGUAUCACAGAUGUUUAUUUCACACAUGCAUGCAUGUUAGCUUGUGUGCUUAUUUAUUGGGAAAAAAAAUGGAAACGCAUAGGGGGAAAAAAAUCACUCUUUAAUGUACAUGUAUAUUUCUGGUUUUGUUUACAGUUCAGUGUAACUGACCAAAAGGAUUUUCUUGAACGUUCUUCAAUGUUUUUGCGAUAUGGUGCAGCAGGAUAACAUUGAAAAUGAGCUGUUUCUCAGAUAGGAAACCAAUGAGAAUUUACUUGUGCAAAAUGCCGUCCAUCAUCAACAGCAAGUCAACAGUUUGACUUUUCGACGAUAGGGCAGAAAUUAGCAGUGGGUGAUACUUGUUUGAGAAAACUGUGCCAUGCAAACUUUGUCUCGUUUUUGCCAAUAUUCUGCUCUAUAUUGCUCUUGCAGAGCUAAAGAAAAGGUCAUAAAGAGGACUCAGUAUCAAAACAUUCACUUUUUCACUUUGUUGUCAAAAUGCAUUUUUAUUUUCAGACAUCUCAAGAAAAAACUAAAUUCAAUUAUAAAUAUAUAGUUUUGUAUUUUUUAUGUAAAUGUCAUAUGUAUAUACAAAGUUUGAUGUAUUUGUACAGAUAUUAAGAGUGAAAUCAAAUAAA